AUGGUUUUCAAACCAUUCACCCAUCUCGCGCGCCAGUCUUUCACCAAAGCCUUCACCCACGGCUAUGCCCAGUCCGUAGUUGCCGCUUCGCAGACCUACGCGUCAACAGUCAACCCGCUCGCUGUUCAGCCCGCCAAAUUCUCCCGCACAACACAACUCCAAAAUGCCUUCUCGAACACCUCUAGCUCGUCUGGCGCUGGCGCCAAGGCCAGCCAGGGCGGUUCUGGAAAUGGUGACUUCGGCCUAGCGGCGUACUAUGCUGCCUGGCACAACGCCCAGCAGACCGGCGACGAGAGCGAUUGGACACAGUAUGAGUUUAAGCGGAGGAUUGGCUGGAAGGCCGACGAGGCUGAUGCCAUCACGGAAGAUCGCGCUGCCGAGUCUGCCCCGCCGCAUCCUACCAAGGCUGCCGUAAACGACGAUGUUAGCGCGCAGGUUGAGGAGGCCGUUGCGCGCGAGAUCCAGGUCCAGGAGGAGCAAGCGCGGGCGGAGGAGGCGCUGAGUGUAUCCGGGGAUGUGGCGGAGGUGUCUGAUGCUGCUCUUGUCGCGUCGGAUGGGAUUGUGCGGCUGGUUGCUGAGGAGAAUUUUGGCGAUAUCCCAACUGCUUUUGAGGCGCUGCUGAGGGAUGGCCUGACCCCCACCGUUGAGGCGUACAAUGCUCUGCUGGUUGCUGCUAUUCGUCUGCACCCGGAUGCUGCCCAGGCUAUUCCCAAAGCGCUCGAUGUUUACUCUGACAUGCUCCGUCGCAGUGUAAUUCCCGAUGAAGAUACUUACGAGACUCUUGUCCGGCUGCUGGUUACCCGGGCUCAUGAUAUUAUCGACGCCAAGUCUGUCCUGGAGCAGGAAAGAGUUAGAUUCGGUGGGAUGGAAGAGCAGGGCAAGUUCAUGCUUCAGUCUAGUGAGUUGGAGCAUGCUAUUCUGGUUGAGGAUACUUCUUUGUCUAUUGCCGUGAAGCUCUUUGAUACCGCUGUUUCGCGACACAGCCGUCUUGUCUUCCCUAUGGAGAUGUACCGUCAGCUUAUCAUUGCCUGCGCCAAGGAAGAGAAGGUUGAAGACAUGAUUCGCAUUUACGCCCACAUGGAAUCCCAGAAGAUGACCCCGCAUGCCACUAUCUUCCCCUCCAUGAUCACUGCAUUUGCUUCCACUGGGGAUCUUCGGAGUGCCGUUGAAUGCUAUAACGAGUACCGAGGACUCGCUGUCUCCGAUGACAGCGGUGUCUUCAGCAUUGUGCAGCGCCAAGAUGGCCAGGUCUAUGCUGCCUUGAUCCGUGCCUACCUUUCCUGUGACAAGGAAGCCGGCGCCAUGCAGUUCCUCGAGAAGAUUCGCUCCUCCUUCGAUGAUGUGACCGACGGUCGCCAGGACCGGUGGUCCGCGGUGGAAAGCGUUAUUGUCAAGGAUGCCUUUGUGCAACAUUCGAUCAACACCUUCAAAUAUGAUCAGGCACUGGAACAAGCAAAGGACCAAUUGCACGGUGUGGCGCGUGAUCAGGCCAUCUCCCGGAUCUGCAUUGCCGCAGCCGAUGCGGACGAUCUCCCCACUGCUUCAGCAGCAUACGAUAGUUUGGCCACUGCACCAGCCGUACGACAGAACCCGGCCAUUUCCCUGCUGGCGCUUCACGUUCGCCGGGGCAAUGUUUCGGCGGCCCGUUCCUUGUGGAUCAUGCUGAACACAGUGGGUCAGGCAACUCCGGAUCUGGUUCAGCCGACAGCUAUGUAUGCGGUCGCUCUGCUCAAGAGUGGAAAUGUUGAGGAGGGUCUUCACCAGGCCCGUAACAUGUUCACGCGUAUCCGCAACGCGUCCACUGAAGGUGCCGACAUUCGCGAACAGAUCACCGAGUCGCUUCACCUCUUCGGUCGCGUCCUUAUGCAGUCGGCCGCUGUUCUUUCCCCUCAAGCCUCCAUGACAUUGUUGUGGUCCAUGGUCGAGAACGGCGGUCUGGUGUCGCCUCUGGCUGAGCACGCAGUUGCCAAUCUUGGUCCCAUCGGUAUCUCCCAGCUCAAGUCUGCGGACUUGACCCUUGCCCUCCAAGUUCAGGCCGGUAUGCUGGCCAGCAACAGUUCCAUGCUCUUUGACGUUGCCCACCCGGUUCGUUUUGCCCACAUGCUUGACGUUGCUCUGUCUUCUGCCCUCCCGAUGGAUGUUUACACCACUGGCCUUGUUGACCAGGCGGUCGGUCGACUCUAUGUCACCCGCCCCGAUGUUGUCAAGAAAUGGCAAGACCACCUGGAGGCAACUUCUCAGACCUCCGCGUCGCCCACACAGGCUUUCCACUCUGAUCGUCAAAGCCCAGUGUCCAUGGCCGAGACCUCGAUUACAGCCCCCUCUGUCGCCCCUGAGUCGUUCGAUCCCUACGCGCAUGCAACUGACUUCCGUGGAUCUGCCAUGAUCGCAGAGGAGCUCGAGAAGACCAGCGGACGCGUUGAAACCCAUCUCAACGAGGCUCUGGCGCGUCUUAACAACAUGCGUCGUGCUGGUCGCCACCCGCGUUACAUCACCUACGCUAAACUGAUCACUGCCGCGUCCAAGGCUGGUCGCAUGACUCUGGCCCACGAGAUUCACAACAUGGCGCGCUCGGACGUGCCUCUCGACAUGAACUUCACUGCUGUCAAGUACGGCUGGGUUUCCAUCCUCGAUGCCAUGGUCGCUGCCUGCCUCACUCUCGGUGACCGUCAACUCGCUGCCCAGUACCACCAGGAACUUCUCACUCUGGGCUCCGCACCCUCGGCAAACACGUUCGGCUUGUACAUCACCACUCUGAAGGAAUCUACCAAGACUUUCGACGAGGCCACCGAGGCUCUCAAGGUCUUCCACCGUGCUGUCGCCGAAGGUGUCGAGCCUACGUCAUUCCUGUACAACGCGCUCAUCGGCAAGCUCGGCAAGGCCCGUCGCAUCGACGACUGCCUCGCGUACUUCGCUGAGAUGCGCGCCAACAACGUGCGCCCGACAAGUGUGACCUACGGAACCAUUGUGAACGCCCUGUGCCGCGUCAGCGACGAGCGCUUCGCCGAAGAGAUGUUCGAGGAAAUGGAGUCCAUGCCCAACUACAAGCCGCGUCCCGCGCCCUACAACUCCAUGAUCCAGUACUUCCUCAACACAAAGAGCGACAUCACCAAAGUUCUCUCCUACUACGAGCGCAUGCAAGCCCGCAACAUCCAGCCAACCAUGCACACCUAUAAGCUGCUUAUCGACGCCCACGCCUCCCUCGAGCCGGUCAACAUGGCCGCCGCCGAAGCCGUCCUCGAAUCAAUGAAAGCAGCCGGCCAACACCCAGACGCAGUGCAUUACGCCUCCCUGGUACACGCAAAGGGCUGCGUGCAGCAUGACCUCGCCGGCGCGCGCAAAGUAUUCGACCAAGUCCUCUCCGACCGCCGUGUCCGUCCCCAGCCAUGCCUCUACCAAGCUCUUUUCGAAUCAAUGGUCGCCAACCACCGCGUCGCAGACACAGACCCCGUCGUGGCCGACAUGCAAGCCCACAAGAUCGAAAUGACCGCCUACAUCGCCAACACCCUCAUCCACGGCUGGGCCGCCGAAGGCAACGUCUCCAAAGCCAAGGCCGUGUAUGACAGCAUCGGCAUUCAAAAACGCGAACCAAGCACCUACGAAGCCAUGACCCGCGCCUUCUUGGGCGCUGAUCAGCGUGCCAGCGCCGCUGCCAUUGUCCAGGAGAUGAUGUCCCGUGGAUACCCGUCUGCCGUGGCGAGCAAGAUCGUUGAUCUUGUUGGCUCUUCUUCUUCUCUUUAA